CCAGAUGUUGCAGAGUGGAGGGAGAUGUGUGAGGGCUGUCGACUGACUUUUUAAAGCUAAUACUGUCGGUUUAAAAAGCUCUGCAUGAUCUAUGGUCACACUCACACAGUUAUCGUGUGAAAGCGAUUCAGUGAAGAAAAGAUGAGUAAAGAAGAAAAGGGCUGAGCGUUUUUUACUGAGCUCCAGGAAGUCUAAAACCGCUACGUCUGCAAAAAACAACAACCCGAAGAGGAAUAGUGGAUGGAUAGAAAAAAAAUCUACCCGGUUAACCUUUGAACCGUCUUCCUUUGUCCUCACAAGAAGUCACAAGACAAACUCCCGUAUAAUUUCACGAAUGACACUCCUAACGAAACUACACGUUCAGAGCAAAACAAGAGGGAAGACACACACACCAUGUCCUCUGUCUAUUUCAGUCCAGGGUCGGAUUCAGGUGUGAAUGGAAACGUUGCAAAGAUGGAGGAUGCUAAAGUGGAGAUUGACGAUGGAAAGGAUGAAACUGUGCUGCCAGACACAAUGUAUCACAAUAUCCGGAAGAAGAUCUCACCUUUUGUUAUGUCCUUUGGAUUUCGUAUAUUUGGAGUGGUGCUGAUUCUAGUGGACUUUGUGCUGGUGAUUGUGGACUUAUCCCUGCCAGCAAAGAGCCGAGAGGUUGGAGAUGCCUUAGAGGCCGUGUCCCUCUGCAUCUCCUUCUUUUUUCUCGCUGACGUCCUCCUGCGGGUCUAUGUGGAAGGGUUCAAAGUUUACUUCAGCUCCAAGCUGAACAUCAUAGACGCCUGUGUUGUGGUAAUCACGCUGGUGGUCACCAUGAUCUACACCUUCACUGACCUGUCAGGAGCCAGCCUCAUCCCCAGGGUGGUGUCGUUUUUCCGUUUCCUGAGAAUAAUCAUCCUGGUGAGGGUUUUCAGACUGGCAGCUCAGAGGAAAGAGCUGGAGAAGGUCACCAGGAGGAUGGUUUCUGAGAACAAGCGGCGAUAUCAGAAGGAUGGAUUUGACCUCGACCUUACCUAUGUCACCGACCGUGUCAUCGCCAUGUCUUUCCCCUCCUCCGGAAAGCAGUCAUUCUACAGAAACCCAAUCAAGGAGGUGGCAAGGUUCCUUGACACUAAACAUGAAGGCCACUAUAAAGUUUACAACCUGUGCAGUGAGAAAGGCUACGACCCCCAGUUCUUCCACUACAAGGUUGAGCGGGUGUUCAUUGAUGACCACAACGUCCCCUCUUUGGAGGACAUGCUGAAAUACACCGCAAAUGUGAGGGAGUGGAUGGCGGCCGAUCCCAAAAACAUCAUCGCUAUUCACUGUAAAGGAGGAAAAGGACGCACAGGUACUAUGGUGUGCACCUGGUUUAUUGACAGUGACCAGUUUGAGAGCGCACAGGACAGUCUGGAGUAUUUUGGUGAGAGGAGGACAGACAAGAGCCGGAGUUCCAAGUUUCAGGGAGUGGAGACUCCCUCUCAGAGCCGGUAUGUUGGGUACUACGAGAUCAUGAAGAACCAGUUCAACAGGCAGCUUCCCCCACCUAAAACCAUCAGGAUCAAGAGCAUCCGCAUCCACUCCAUAGCAGGUGUGGGUAAAGGUAAUGGCAGUGAUCUCAAGGUGAAGAUAAUUGUGAAGAAAGAACUGGUAUUUCAAUGUGUGUGUGCCAAACAGGACAACUGCACAGUGUUUCCUGAUGUGGGUAAUAAUGCAGUGGUCAUCAGCCUACAGAAUGGGCCUGUGGUUGAAGGGGAUGUGAAGGUCAUGUUUGAGUCCAGCGCUGGUCUUCCAAAAGGAUACGAAGAUGUUCCAUUUUACUUCUGGUUCAACACCUCCUUCGUAGAGGACAAGCUCUUUUUACCCAGAGAGGAGCUGGACAACCCACACAAGCCAAAGACUUGGGACCUGUACAAGGAGGACUUUGGAGUCACUAUGUUCUUCUCAGAACCAUAAUAAAAGCCCUGAACUAAGAUAAACAUGAUUCAAUUGCUUGUUACAGUUGUGCCUUUAGUGAUGUAUGGCGAGUAGAAAUUGUGGGAUUGAACACUAAGGUGAGAAAUGAAUGAGAGUCCAAUUAUAAAAUUGAAUCAAGGCAUAAAAAUACUUAUGUUCAAAUGUUUGAUCUUGAGGGCAGUGGAGUCAUCCUGAUUCAAGUCCUGUAUACUGCAGUGGUCCUCUAAUGAGUCAUGGCACUUAAGACUGAAAUUUAUAAUGAAGGGAUAUGUGAAUAAUUGCCAUUAAAUAUGUUGUCUUCCAGUAGAUCAGUUUAUAUGUAUUUGUGGCUGUUCUUGGUGUCCUAAAAUAGAAUUUGAAAAUUGGAGAUGAAAUAAAUACAAA